CGCCUUUCCGCAUGGGCUUGUCCAUAUUAGGCGCAUUAAUCCUUUGCGAACAUCUCGCAGGCCUUUCCCAGCCCACACCAGGCUUCCCUCUUCUCCCGCCUUUUUCUCCCGCCCACCGCCCACCUUCCGCUGACCUUGGGAUCGCGAACUCUCACCACCCGCUAUAUAUAUACACAAUUCUCGUUCCUAGUAUCGCAGUCGCAACUCAUCCCUGCUCACUGUAGCAGUAUUUGAACACCCCAUUUACCUUCCGUCCCCUGCGCAAACACUCUCGACACCCAUCCAUUUCGUUUCGCAUUGCGCGCAUCGCCGCCGUUCAACCGCACGACUCAGCUGGACAAGCAGUUUCCCAAACUCGUUUAACCUCAACGAACCCUCCUUUCACUGUCGCAACCACUACAAGACCGAGGCGAGCAUACUCUUGCGCUUAGCACCAUGCUGCUCCCCUCGGCUUUUUCUUGCGACCCGUCGCAUUCGUCGCAGGCGCCAGUCACACGCCUUCAGUCGGCAGCACUGCUCGCCUCGCCGCCUGCCAGCCCACCCCAGCUCUCGACCCAGAACGCAAUCGGGAACAUAUUCACUACAUGCCGCUCUCUUCAAGCUCUCCUCGCAUCUCCCGCAGCUCCCGCACCACUGGCUGAGCCCAUUACACCACCAACGACGUCGCACUCACAGCUGCCUACUCCGCCGAUGGCGCAUGCGCCGGCGCCGCUGAAGUUGCGCCUGCGAUCACACAGGCCGGAGAGCACUGGCUUAGGAGUUACGAGCGGCGACCAUCUGGUGGUGCGCAAGAGGAUUGUCAAACGCCCCGCGCCAACUCGGGGACCGAACAAGCGCCGUCGGGCUCUCGACGACGACAUGGGCAGAGACGAUGAUGGCGAGGAGAGCGACUUUGACCUUCAAGGCGACAAUGCGAACUGGGUCGGCAAUGGGAGGGAGGGCACAGAGGAGGCGGAACCCUUGCCUCCCCGCCCUCAGACACCAAAGCGCGCGCGCAUCGCCCCGGAGGUGCUACCCCUGGGCUUGGAGCGCUCGGAUUACCAUACGCUCCAUGCAGAUGGCGUCCUCAAGGAUGAUGAGAGCAAGAAAGAGGGAACGGAUGUUGUUGCGGAGCAGGAUGGAGAGCUCUGGAGCACCGAGGACGACCGCAUCCUGGUCGAGCUGGUCUUGGAGAAGCUGAAGCUGAGCAAGUCAGAGUGGCAGGACUGCGCAAGGAGUCUGGGCAAGGACCGGGGAAGUGUCGGGCGUCGGUGGAAGAGCCUCAUGAUCAAUGGCGAGAUCGGGCUGAAGAGGAAUAGUCGGCGAGGGAAGAUACACGGGACCUGGAGGUGACCUCCACUGCGGCAUUGUUUCUAUCUUUCUCACCACCUCUUACUCUGUAUCCGUACUAAUAUGUAUGAUUAUACUGGCCCCGAGGGGCAACGGGGGAAACUGGGGAAACGGGGGUCAUAUUGGUUUGACAGGAUAGGCGUUGGUUACUAGGUUGGUUCGCGUUAUGAUAUCCCGCGGUUAAUUCAGCGCCCACGGCGUCUGGAUACUUGCCAUCACAUUACGAUCUAGUUAGUUGCUCUGACAGUUUAACUUGGGUUUAUUUACUUUACAAAA